UUCUUGGAUAAUUCAAGGACGAUUUCAGGACUAUUCCAGGAGAAUUCCAGGAGAAUUCCAGGAGAAUUCCAGGAGAAUUCCAUGUCAAUUUCAGGACUAUUCCAGGAGAAUUCCAGGAGAAUUCCAAGUCAAUUUCAGGAUAGUUCUAGGAUAAUUCAAGGACGAUUUCAGGACUAUUCCAGGAGAAUUCCAGGAGAAUUCCAAGAUAAUUCAAGGACGAUUUCAGGACUAUUCCAGGAGAAUUCCAGGAGAAUUCCAAGUCAAUUUCAGGAUAGUUCUAGGAUAAUUCAAGGACAAUUCUAUGACAAUUCCAAGUCAAUUUCAGGAUAG